GCCACAACCGCCGCAGAGAAAGCAGCAGUCCCUGCCGAGCAAAGAACAUGACCCGGACUGGUGUUAGAGAGAGACCAGCGAAGAGAGAGAUAAACAUGGAUUUUUGCCCUUUUAAUGUACUGGAUUUAGCUUGAGAGACAUCUGAUGGGCGCCUCAUCACUUAUGUUUUAGCAAGAAAAAAGCAAAACAACCUUGCCGCUUCAUUCGUCCCAUCGUCAGUAUGGAGAAAACGCUUUACGGUUCGCCUGGGACUGCAAAAGGCAACUCAGGAUCUCUGCCCACGGACAGGGGGAAUUCUGCAAGAAAGAUCGGCAGGACUGGAUCCCAUAGUCCGGGCUCGGCCUCCCUCGGCUGCCAAGGAAGCGGCGGUGGAAAUCGGGGAGAUAUGUUGGGAAACAGCACGAAUUUGCAGCAAGCUCACAAGCGGCUGUUGGAAGGCGUGUUGAGCAAAUACACAAACCUCCUCCAAGGUUGGCAGAACAGGUACUUUGUCCUUGACCCAGACCAGGGCCAGCUGCAGUACUUUGUGAAUGAGCAGGGCAAGUCCCAGAGGCCUCGUGGCUCCCUGCCCCUCGUGGGGGCAUCUGUAACCCCCAGUGAUGAGGCGCCGCACAUGUUCGUCGUCAACUCAGCCAACGGGGAGCUCUUCAAACUCCGAGCCACAGACGCCAAAGAGCAGCAGUUCUGGAUGAACCAGCUUCAAGCCUGUGCCAGGCGCCACUCCGACAGCAGUGCCAAGGUCAGGGAGCGAAAGGUGUCUGAUGAGCAGCGCCUGUUUGUGGACAAGACAGCUGGCUGCCAGGAUGGACCGGGCUCUUCUGGUCGGACGAGGAGCUUCUCUCUCCUCCCUCACAUCCCGCCCGGCUCCGCCUGCUCCUCCCCCGGAUCCCAGAGGCACCUGGGCCCCCCGGGGCCGCCUAGCAACAUCGUCACCAUCACCCACCACAAGUCGCCUGCGGCCGCGCGCCGGGCCAAGAACCAGUACCCCUCCCGCCUGCAAGAGGUCAAGGAGGUGAUGUCGCAGGCCGAGGGCCAGCAGAAGAGCCUGGUGCAGUCCAUCGAGUCCCUCCCCACCCGCGGGCCUCUCUCCUGCCUGGACCAGGACCUCCUUCUCCUGAAGGCCACCUCCGCCGCCACCCUCAGCUGCCUGGGGGAGUGCCUGAGCAUCCUGCAGCAGAGCUCCGGACACGGACACCACCAACACCAACAACACCACCAACAGCAACCCCAUCACCAGCACCACCAGCAGGGCUCCACCCCCACCACCACCACCAGGCCUGGACCUUCCGCCCGCGACCCACCCUCUGAUUGCCUCCCGGUGUGGACUGUGCCCAAAUCUCCGUCAGCGGAGAGGCUGAGGAACGGAGGUGUGACCCCACUGGGUUCUGCCGAGCCCUCUCCCGCCCUCCAGAAGAGGGACCUGCCCCAGAAUGUUCAGCACUCAGGUAUGGAGUCGGUGAGCCCGACGGAGGAGGUGACGGACACAGAGGACAAUGAGGAGGAGGACCUCGGGGUGCUGGACGACCAGAGGAGCAUCAUCCUGCACCUCCUGUCCCAGCUCAAGCUGGGCAUGGACCUCACGCGGGUGGUGCUGCCUACCUUCAUCCUGGAGAAGCGCUCGCUGCUGGAGAUGUACGCCAACUUCAUGGCGCACCCGGACAUGUUCCUGGCCAUCGCCACGGGCUCCACGGCGGAGGAGCGCAUGGUGCGCUUCGUCGAGUACUACCUGACCGCCUUCCACGAGGGCCGCAAGGGCGCCGUGGCCAAGAAGCCGUACAACCCCGCGCUGGGCGAGAGCUUCCACUGCUCCUGGGCAGUGCCACGCGACCGCGUCCGGCCCCUCAGGACUCAGGCCCACACGCUGGGGCCCGCCACGCUCCGCGACCCGCCACCGCUGGACGACCCCUCGACGGCGGGGUCGGCGGGUUCGGGGUCGUCGUCGUCGGGGUCGUCGGCGGGCUGCUACCGGGUGCGCUUCGUGGCCGAGCAGGUGUCGCACCACCCGCCGGUGUCGGCGUUCUACUGCGAGUGCCCCGAGAAGAGGAUGAGCGUCAGCGCCCACGUGUGGACCAAGAGCAAGUUCAUGGGCAUGUCCGUCGGAGUGUCCAUGCUGGGAGAAGGAGUGCUCUGCCUGCUGGAGCACGAUGAGGAGUACGUGUUCACGCUGCCCUGUGCCUACGCCCGCUCCAUCCUCACGGUGCCCUGGGUGGAGCUCGGGGGGAAGGUCUCCAUCAGCUGCGCCAAGAGCGGCUACUCCGCCACCGUCACGUUCCACACCAAGCCCUUCUACGGAGGGAAGGUCCACAGGGUGAGUGCGGAGGUGAAGCACAACAGCACCAGCACCAUCGUGUGCAAGGCUCAGGGCGAGUGGAACGGCACGCUGGAGUUCACCUACAGCAGCGGAGAAACCAAAGUGAUCGACACCGCCAAACUGCCCGUCACCAGGAAGAGGCUGCGGCCAGUAGACAGACAGGGACGGACAGAGUCCAGGCGUUUGUGGCAGCACGUCACCACGGCGCUAAAGGAGGGGAACAUUGACGCGGCCACGGAACACAAGCACCGUCUGGAGGAGCGGCAGCGCGGGGAGGAGCGGCAGAGAGCCGCCAACAACAUGCCCUGGAAACCCAGAUACUUCACCAAGGAGGGGGAUGGAUGGGUGUACCUCAACCCUCUGUGGAAGGCCCACUGACGCCCCCGAACCUUGACCCAGGAACAACAAGUGCUUUAUAUACGGAACUCUCUCACACACACAUAUGGACCAGACACAUGCGUUAACCCCUCCAGCCCACAGGCAGAGGAACAGACUGAACGAGAGAAGAAGUAGAGGAGGAGGAGGAAUAGAAGAAGGAGGGUUGAAGCGAGGGAGCCAAAGAAAAAGAAAAAGAAAAAGUGGAGGAGAGAGCAUCACAGGCUGGACAUUCCUGUAUAUCUGCUAUGGGGGACACAGAGAGGGGGGGGGGGUGAUAUUAGACUGGAGAGAGGGGGUUAGUGCCUGUGUGUGCCCCCCCACCACUGUACCCCUAGGCCUGGGACGUGGGGUCGAGGGACAUACUUUUUAUACCAAACUCCAGGUAGAGUAUUUCUAUUUUUCACGUACAGUAGCCCUGGCCUUUCUCUCCUUCUUCUUUUCCUUUCUUGCACUUGCACAGAAUAUAUAUAGACAUAUAUAUAUAUAUUAUAAGUGACUAGCCAUGUGAUAUUGAUUUGUGUCCUGUCUAUGACCAUGCACGCUUGCACACUGACAAAUGAAAAUGCACGCACGCACACACAAACACACAAACACACAAACACACACACACACACACACACAGAUACACACACACACACACACACACACACACACACACACACACACACACACACACACACACACACACACACACACACACACACACACACUCACAGACAUAGCCUACACACAUCCACACAAGCUUCUAUAGCUUGCACACUGAAAAAUGAAAACGCACACACACACACACACACACACACACACACACACAAGCUUCUAUAGCUUAGCUCACAAUGCUUGAAAAUAAAAAUGCCAGUAGAAAGAGGCCGCUUCUAUUGUAAAUCAAUAGGCUCCACUCUAGAUGUCCACUCUAGCCCUUGUGAAUCAGGAGGACACACACACGCAGUGUUUAAAAAAAAAAAAAAAAAAAAAAAAAAGCAACACACACCCUCGGACACCCACCAUUUCAGCCGUUACCGGUAACAUCCAUCACAGCAUGACAGUUUUGCGUCCACCGUCUCACCUACCCUCCCCCCCCCCCCCCUCCCCUCCGCCACCACCACACCUGUGCACUUUCAAAGUCAUUCGUGGCUUCGCUGUUCGCCGCCGGGCCAGUGGACACGCCAGCCUUGGGCUCAGCUGAUGGAUGUGAUGGGAGAGGUGGGCCCGGAGUCCUCCAGGAGACUCUGAUGGGAUUACUCCACUUUAGGCUCUCCCUCUGAUGGGCAGCACGCCAGCCAAGCUUAAUGGACAACUGCUCCGCAUGAGAGAGAGAGAGAGAGAGAGAGAGAGAGAGAGAGAGAGAGAGAGAGAGAGAGAUGGACCAUUGAUUAGUACAGAACAAAGACACAUGUCUUAACUGGUUGUCCUCACAGGAGGAAUAAAUAUUCAUUUUUGGGAGGAAGAAAAGCUCUCAAUCGAUUGUUACUCUAAUGCAGAAAGAAUAAAAUGACCGAAACCUU